AAAAAAUGUCUGAAGAAAAUAAGGAAGAAGAAGAGCAAGAGUUAGCAGAGAUGGACAUUAUUGAUCAGGAGCAUGAGGUUGGAGUCAUCAAAAAAGGAGACUACCUCAUCCACAUCCUUAUUCAAGAGGCGAGAAACCUUAGGAUGAAAGGCUCAGACACUGUUGAUGCUAUUCUUGAAAUUAGUAGCUUAGGAAAGAAGAAAUACACAACCGUUAAGGAAGAUAUCGGACCUAAUGCUUCUGUACAUUGGGGUGAGCAUAUCUUCUUCGAGCCAAAGGCACUCAAGCCAAGGGAUAUACAGAAUGGAAGGAUCCUGAUCAAGAUCCUUGACCAACAAAUGUUUAAGAAUGCUGUUGUUGGAACGUAUGAAAUGGAUCUUUCUUAUAUUUACUUCCAAGAGAAGCAUGCUGUGUUUAACCAAUGGAUUGGAAUUUCCAAUCCCAAUACGGAAAACUUCAAUGAAAUUACUGGGUAUCUGAAGAUUUCAGCAUCUGUAAUUGGGCAAGGUGAUGAACAAAUACCCUUGACUGAUGAUUAUGGACUUGACAGGACUGACAAAGAAGUUAUGUUAUUGCCACCUUCCAUAUCAGUGCAAUACUAUCAGCUAAAAUUCAGACUCCUUAAAGCUCAGAAUCUUCCAAAGAUGGAUACCUUUGGAAGCUGAGAUGCUUUUGUUAAGGUAAAAUAUCUUGGGAAAACCAUAAAAACCAGCGUUGUGACUCAGAAGAAGGAUCAAGUAUUCUGGGGACAAGAGAUCUGGGUUCCAGUUCACUACCCCUUAGUCUCUAGCAGACUUGUAAUGAGCGUCUAUGAUAGCGAUACUGCCAAUGAUGAUAUUGUUGGUUCAAUGUCUUUUGAACUUCAUAAUAUCCUGAAAGAAGCCAGAAGGAACCAAGAGUUCCCUUGGUAUUGGAAGGAUAUCUAUGGUUCACCCACAGAUGUUAGUGGAAAGCACACAAAUGAAAUGAACUCAGUUCCUGAAUACGCUUCUCACUGGAGAGGAAGAAUCCUCAUGCAAGUUGUAUGCGAAAAAGAGAAUAAACCUGAAAUGAAGCUUAGUCACAUCUCUGAUGAAGUCAUAAAUGAGGCAAGAGAUAAAUUCGAUAACUGGAGAUAUGAAGUAAAAGCAGAAGUAUGUCAAGGAAUCUGCCUUCCAGGCGAUGAAAAAUAUAAAGUAAAGAUUAAGAUUGGUGAACUAGAAAUGGAAACAAAAAAGCCAAAGAAAAGGACUAAUGGGUUCUGAUAUUGGAAUCAUAGAUUUGAAGAGAAGAUCUAUGAGUGUCCUUAUAGGUCUCUAGAAACUAUGGCAGAUGUAAUAGUCUAUCUGAUGGACGGCGACGACCCAAUUUGCUAUUAUAGAUGUAAAGCAAGUGAAUUUUCAAAUCCAAAUGCCGACAUGAGAUGGGUAGCUCUCAUAAAUGAUAAGUCUGUUGGCCAAGUCUCAGAAUCUCACAAAGCAGGAAUGAUAUCAUUUAGACUAUCAAUUCACGAUCAAACUAACAACGGAGAUGUUGAUUGGGAUUUUGUUCCGGCAUGGAGUAUGGACUUGUCAGAUGAUCCAGAUAAGUACCCGAUUAGGUGUCAUAUCUAUCAAUGUAAAGAGCUUCCUGCCUCAGAUGAUAAUGGAACUUCAGAUCCAUAUAUUAAGGUUUGGAGUCCGUUCGAGCCAAAAGAUAGUCAGAAAGAAAUCGUAUCGACUGAAAUUGUACACGAUAAUAAUAAUCCUAUAUUCUAUGAGACAGUCCAAACAUUUUUCUACUCAGUCGAUAUUGAUUGGGCUCCUCCUGUAGUUUUAGAUAUUUUUGACCAUGAUUCAGGAGCAUUUGACUCAGACGAUUUUAUUGGAAGAGCAACUAUUAACCUUCAAGAUGCAGCUGUUUCGCAAGGAGACGAAGUUCCAAGACCCAGAUGGCACCCUGUUAAGCUUGGGUUUACUGAGGAUGAACCAGAGAUGGGGCAAAUUUUGGUAUCUUUCUCUGUUCUUGAUCCAGGAUACCAAUUCUCUCAAUCUCUCUACGAUAUUGUACUGAGACCAACAUGUGAAGAAUAUGAAAUAACUAUUAAUGUACUCGGUCUAAGAGAUCUUGAAUCUCCAGGAAUCCUCCCAAUCAGAAAAGCAUUUAUAAAAUUCAUACUGAGAUCUCUUCUACCUCCAAGUAGGGCUCAUGCUAUUGAGAAUAUUCAGACCCAGCCAUCAGCAACAGGAGCAAACCCAACAAUCUCAACUGUCAUAAAAUUUACCAUCUACCUCCCAUCAGAUCCCUUAUACUGCCCAUCUCUGACUUGUGGAGUAUAUGACUACAUCUUCAAAGGGGUCUCUCAGCCGUUGGUCGGAAACUUCGUGAUCCCUAUCGGAGACUUACAACACUUACAAGAAGACUUGUUCCAAAAAGAAGACCAGAACACUCUUCGGAUCAUCAAAUCCCUUGACCAGCUCAUCAACAGAGCUGGGACAGUCAAAGCACAGCUAGAAGAGGAGAAAAAUGAAGGUGAAAUUGAAGCCCAAAGAGAAGAAGAAGUCCAGCAGGAAGAAAUGUACAGAAAUGAUAUGAAACAGCGGAUGGAGCUAGGCGUUGAAAAGUCCAUAAGUCCCAGAGAAGAGCUUAAGGAGGAAAUAGUCAGUGCUGAUGAUAUCGAGCUUGGCUUACAAGACCGCAUCAGAGAAGCUAUAAGUAAAGAAGAUGCACCUUCAGUAGCUGAAAAUCAAAAUGCACUUAACAUUGUCAAAAAUAAUGAUGAAGAAAAAGAAGAUGUGGCAGAUAUUAAAGGAAGACUUCAAAAAAUAAUUGACUAUAAAGAAGCUAAAAAGCAAAGAACAAAGCAUAAAAGACUUGAAGCGCUCAGGAAAAUGACUAAAAUGAUGAAGAAUAUCGGAAAGAAUGUUGUAUACCCUACUUACCACUUUGAUGAUAGACUUAAAAUUCAUCGAGAAGAUCCUCCUCCCUCGAAGGAUGUAUUCCUGGCUGUUGGUUAUGACCCAAAAUUUGACUCCAAGCAGAAGCACUAUAGAAGAUUUUAUGAAGACGAAUUAGAGAACAUUAAAGAGGUUAUUCCUAAUUCUCCUUUCCAAUCUUUCCCAGUUAUGAGAGGGCAAUCCAGAGGGCUCUCUAAAGGCUUCUUCUGGAAAAGAGACACAGAUGAGGCUGGACAAGCAACCACAAUCAAACAAGUAGGAGAGUUCAAAGGAAUUGUCUCUGUAAUCAAUAAAGAUAGAGAAGAAGGAUUUAAUGUAGUGAAAGAGACCAGGAUCACCAUCCUCAAGCAAUCUUUAAAUGAUCUUUCUCAAAAGUUAUUCCAGGAGGACUUUGAUUUUGAUUAUAAUACUAUAGUUACAGCUGAAGGUAAGGAGACUUUCAGGGCAAAACUAAAGCAACUUGGGUGUGAUAAUUUGCAAAUUGAAAGACAUUUUACUCAAAUGAAUUGCCAAGCCGAGUUGGCAAGACUAAUGAUGAUCAGGACUAACUGCUUGGUUCGGAUCUAUAUUCUCGAUGCAGAUGAGCUUCCUCCAAAAGAUAGUGGAGGCUCAGUAGAUCCUUAUCUAAAGCUCAAACUCAAUGGAGAAGUAAUCAGUGAUAGAGAUAACUAUAAGGAAAGCAAUCAUAACCCAGAUAUUUACAAGAUGUUUGAAUUCAUGUCAGAAUUCCCUGGAUGUAGCUCACUCAAAAUCCAAAUGUGGGAUUAUGACUUAGCCUUUGGAGACGAUUUCAUCGGAGAAACAGUAGUCGACCUAGAGGAUAGAUUCUUCUCUCCUGAAUGGCAGAGUAUUAAAAACAAGCCAAUUGAAUACAGACAGCUGUAUCAUAAAUCAACAAAGGUCAGCCAAGGAGUAAUAAAAUGCUGGAUUGAAAUCUUGCCGUCUGAAUCAAAUGUCAAAGAGCAUAUCCCAUGGAACAUUUCUCCAAGACCAAACACCGAUUUUGUCAUCAGACUUGUAAUAUGGGAGACUAAAGAUAUCAAAACAAUGGAUUGGGAAGGAACAUCUGAUAUUUAUUGCAGAGCAUUCUUUAUUGCAAAUGAUAAAGAUAAAAGAACUGAUACUCACUAUAGAUCAAUGGACGGUAAAGGUUCUUUCAAUUACAGAAUGCUAUUUAAUGUACAGAAUCCAAGCCAGUAUCAGAGACUUAAUCUUCAAGUAUGGGAUGCUGACUUGUUCUCAGGAAAUGAUUUUAUAGCAGAUGCUUCCCUUAAUCUUGCUCUGCCAAUUGAAGAUGCUACCCUUACAGACAAACCUAUCCAUUUGAAUAAAAAGUAUUAUGAAUCAUUCUUAAAAGAAUACAUGGGAGGCCAAGAGCUUAAAUAUCAUGAUGACGACAGUUUCUGGGUAGAUAUGAAGAACAGAGAAGGAGAAGAAGGAGGAAAAAUGAGAGUUCAAAUCACAGUUGCUCCAAAAGAAUAUCAUGAGACAAAUAAAAAUGCUGAAGCGAGGACUGAGCCAAACCAUUCUCCAUAUCUUCCCCCUCCUGUGGGAAGAAUUAAGUUUUCUUGGAAUCCUUGGACAAUGCUAAACCAAUGCGUUGCACCAGAUGUUAGAAACAAAAUACUGUGAGCUAUCUGUAUCAUAUUGUGCAUUCUGAUCAUCAUCUUGCUGCUGCCAACAAUUAUCAGCAAUGUUAUCACAGGGCUAAUUUUCUAAGAGUCAGCUUAA